UUGUGACUUAUGGAUAGGAGGAAAUGUUUGUUUGGUGCCGUAGAAGUGAAGUUCAUUUUUUUUCUAAGAUAGUUUUGAAAAUUGUUUAAAUAUGGAUUUAAAAUUAUAUAUGUAGUGCAAGUCACAUAUAAUGCUUUUAUUCUUGAAAAAAACUAAUAAAAUGUGACAUGAGUGCAGCACAAAUGGAAAAAAGUGUCCAAAUGUGGUUAAAAUUGUCAUGUCAUUUUCAUGAGGUGAAUAUAUCUUUAUUUUUUUCUUUAUUAUUUGUUUUUUCUGCCUAUUUAUGCCUUUAAAUGCUGGAUUUGCCAGAGUACGUUUCUCAUAUUUGCCCAAUAAAGCAUUAAGAUGUCAAAAUAAGUGUUUAUAAAUAAAGUUUUUUUUAUUUGGUGGUUUAUAUUAAGGAAAUGACACUAAUUAUGAAUAAAAUUUAAACUAUUUAAUUAGAUAAUGUCAAGUUUUAAGGAGUUAAUAAGUUCAAGACAACUUUUUUUUAUUAAAGUUAAUUAACUUUGAUAGAAAUACAGUUUUAUAUGUUAAUAUUGAAUGAAUAUAAAUACAAACGACCAGAAAACAAUAUCAUUUUGUUUCCCUUUUGAAAGUAUUAAAUUCCAAAUGCAAACUUCUUAGUACUUUUAUCCCCGCGCGCCCUCUUGUGGUCACUUUUAUUAACACAGUCGAUUUUAGACUCACCUUGUUCUUUUCUUUUGGGGAAGAUUAGCCCCGCCCACCAAGUUACAACUCCCAGACUGGGAAUAAAAAAAAACCUCUUCAAGUUCUGCCUGAGAGAAGUCUUUAUUCUGAGUCCAUCAUUUCGAGGUUAAAUUCCCUCGUUGCUUUGAGGGCUUUAACUUUAAACCCAUCCCAUAAUAUAUCCAAACUGUUUUUUUAAAGAACAAAAGGUGGAAAACUUUUUUAUUUAAGUCGCUUCUCUGCAGGACGAAACUCCAGGAUCAUCGCAGCUUCAAGAACUGACCAGGAACAGAAGAAAUGAUGGGAUUUUAAUUUGAAAACCACUUGUAAUUUUCACGUUUUCCCCCUUAAAACUUCAUUUUUUUUCUUAAAAACUUUCCAAACUUAGACCAGGUUAACUACUUCGUCCUGGAUGCUGCGAUGCGCAGAAAGUGACGGGGAUCCUCAUCGCUUCUACACAUUUCAACGAGUUGGAAAACGCCAUGAAAGACGACUUUGCAGACGAGGAGGAAGUACAAUCUUUUGGAUACAAGAGAUUCGGGAUCCAGGAAGGAACCCAAUGCACUAAGUGUAAGAAUGAAUGGGCGCUGAAGGCUUCCAUAGCUCUCCUGUACGUGCUGUGUACUCUGCUCACCAUCGCUGUUGCUGUACUCGGGUAUAAAGUUGUACAAAAAGUCGACACUGUUUCUGAAGGUAUCGCCACCUAUGGAGGGAAAAUAAUUGCUGUCGAAAGCGAUUUAAAAAAGCUAGAUGAUCAAACAGGGGAGAAGUCGGAGAACACAUCUACAGAGAUCCAGGUUUUUAAGAGAAACAUCUGGGCUCUUCAGAGGCAGCUGUCUGACGUGGAGAAACGCAUCGACAGCGAUCAAGUUAAGCUGAAUCAGCUGCAGAACGUUGGCUCUGACAUCCAGAGCAGCCAGGGUUCCAUUCAAGGACUGCUCAACAGCAACACAGCGGCGCUGCAUUCUGUGAACGGCACCAUACAGUCUUAUGGCAGCAUCAUCAAGGGUCUGCAGGAGGACACGGCGAGGUUGCAGCGGGAGCUCCAACUGCAGGUCAAAUUCCAAAACCAGGCACUGUUCAGCAUCGGCAGCCUCAACAUCACUCAGGCCCAACAGAGAGGCCUCCUCACCUCUCUGCAGCGUUCACUGGAUGACACCAGCACUGCUAUCCAGAGAAUGCACAACGACUUCCACAGCCUGGAGCAGACGGCCCGACAGGCACACGCUGAUGCCGACUGGCUUCGGAGCAAAGUGGAAAACCUGCAAGUCAUGGCCAACAACGUCUCAACUUUGACGAAAGCCAACAACGACAGUUUGGAGGAUGUGGGGGCACAGCUAGCUAUCAUGGCAAGCCAACUGCAGAACACCAGCAGCGUGGUAGAUGCCCACGAUCAGACCCUGAGGGAGAUCACGGAACAGCAAAGGGACUUCAGCAACUUCACAUCUGCAAGGUUCGACCGGCUGGAGAUGAGGCUGGAUGAGUCGGAGCAGAGCAUAGACCGCGUGACCGGCAACAUGAGCUUUACCACGCAGCUGCUGGGGUCCAUCAACCUGAACCUCAAUGACCUGCGCACUUGUUCGGAUACAGUUGGGCGCCACUCUGACUUCCUGCAGAACCUCAACAGCAGCGUGAUGGACGCGAGGACAGAUGCGGCCAGUCUCAGGUCUCAGCAGGAAGAAUUGGCAUCAAGGUUGGACAAGGAAGUCACAAGCCUUUCCAUGGUCAUGGAAGAGAUGAAGCUGGUUGAUACCAAGCACUCACAACUAAUAACCAACUUUACUAUUUUACAAGGUCCACCAGGUCCCAGAGGGUCAAGAGGGGACAGAGGACCUCAAGGACCACCUGGUCAGACAGGUUCAAAGGGAGAGAAGGGAGAAAAGGGAGCUCCAGGAAUAAGAGGACCAAGAGGAGAACAGGGUGGUCCAGGAACGCCAGGUCUUCCUGGGUUAAGAGGCCUCCCUGGCGUUCCUGGUAGUCCUGGAUCAAAGGGCCCUCGAGGAUCAGGAGGCAGGGCGGGACCUCCAGGAGCUAAAGGAGAGCCAGGCUCCGCUGGUCUCCCCGGAAGAGAUGGGCUGCCUGGUCUAAUGGGGCCUCAAGGUCCACCAGGAGUUCGUGGCCCAACGGGACCUCCUGGUGAGCAAGGACCAAGAGGACUGCCAGGCCCAGUGGGGCCCCCUGGUGCAGCGGGACCACCGGGACCACCAGGACUUCCAAUUCAUGCUCCGGUAGUUCCGUUUGAACCUGUGUCAAUGCAGGAUGAUGCAAUGGCUCCCACACUGUGGGCACCAGGAUGUCCUGCUGAGUGGGUGAACUACAGAAACGCCUGCUACUUUUUUUCCAAAGACAUGCUCAGCUUUGAUGAUGCAAAAGCAGCGUGUCAGUCGAAAUCUGCCUCUUUAGUGAUCAUCAACGACUUGGAGGAACAGAAAUGGUUAAAGACGCGGACGCUCGGAAAAGGUUAUUUCUGGAUGGCUCUGACAGACAGGGAGGAGGAGAACGCGUGGCGCUGGCUGGACGGCACUGAGCCUGCUUUUACAAACUGGAAACCCGGACAACCGGACAACUGGGGCCACAGCCAUGAAGCAGGAGAAGACUGCGGCGGUCUCAUCCACGAAGGCUUGUGGAACGAUUUCUUCUGUGAAGACCACAUUAGCUACAUCUGUGAGAAGCAAACAGACACCUCAAGAUCUACAGGACCAUAGCGAGGCGCUGAAAGUGGGCCGACGGCGAGCAGCUACACUUCACCCACAUCCCUGGACGGAUACAAGUCCGUACGGAGAGAGCAAAGGGACAUUUUUGAAAUUUCUGUUCUCUUCCAAAGUCAGCAAGUGCAAUACAGCAGCUCAUCCAAAGACGAAAUUACAAAAUUGAGUUAUAAAUAUAUAUUUUUUUGGUACAUUUUAUAAAACUGUACUCCAACUGAAUGUAUAUUUCUGCAUUUUCUCUUAGUACGUAAUUAAAGGUGCAGAAUGAGGCACAAACAGAUGUUGCUGACAUGCAAUCUUUAAGGAAACUCUCAUCCAGCCUCACGAAUGUAUAGAAUUCAUGUAUGCAUAUGUAGGAGUAGGUUAAUCUUAGGAAAAUGUCACAGUCAGCUUAUGUUUUGGUCAAAACGUUUAUGCUUUAAUACUUUUAUUUUCAUUUUUACAAACUUGUUCUUGAUUUUUUUUUCUGAGCUUUCCUACAAAGUAGAUAAUCAUCUGCACUCAGGUUUAAAUUAAACAAAUGAAGGAAAAAUGCAAAUAAAAUCCAUAAAACCCACAAAUCUUUUGUAUUUUCUGUGUAUUUACAUGUAAACAAACACAUCCCUUUUCACCACAAAGUGUUCCUUGGUGUUGUAGCAUUGUGUUUAUUCACUUUGCACAAAAAAGUAUUUUCACAUUUUUCCGUUUUUUUCCUUAAAAAUAACUUUCUUGCUGCAUGAAGCAUUUUUUUUCCCCUUUUUUUGUCUUUAUUUGUAACCGAAUAAA